AAAUGGGAAGGCUGUUAGGGCAAGGAACAUUUGCAAAAGUUUAUUACGCCAGGGACUUGGCCACGUUAAAGAGUGUUGCGGUUAAAGUUAUCAAGAUAGAGCAGGUAAAAAAGAAAGGUUUAAUGGAACAAAUAACACACGAAAUUGCGGCCAUGCGGCUUGUUCGUCACCCGAACGUGGUCCAACUAAAAGAAGUCAUGGCCACCAAAACGAAAAUAUUUCUCAUAAUGGAGUACGUUAAAGGGGGUGAAUUAUUCGCGAAAGUUGUAAAAGGGCGACUAAAAGAAGAUUUUGCUAGAAAAUACUUUCAACAACUAAUAAGCGCGGUAGACUAUUGUCAUAGUCGUGGCGUCUCCCACCGCGAUUUGAAGCCCGAAAAUCUACUCCUAGAUGAAAACGAAGAUUUAAAAGUUUCGGAUUUUGGGUUAUCUGCAUUGCCAGAGCAACUAUGGAAUGACGGAAAGCUACAUACGCAGUGUGGUACACCGGCGUAUGUAGCACCCGAAGUCCUUAGGCAAAAAGGAUACGAUGGUGCUAAAGCGGAUAUAUGGUCUUGUGGGGUGAUAUUAUAUGUACUUUUGGCUGGUUAUCUACCCUUUAGAGAAGAAAAUGUGAUGCACAUGUAUGGGAAGAUUUUUAAAGCCGAAUAUGAGUUUCCACGGUGGAUUUCAACCGAUGCACGGCGAUUGAUUACGAAACUUUUGGUUGUUAAUCAGUCAAGGAGGCUUACGAUUCCAUUGAUCAUGCGAACUCCAUGGUUCUUGAAAGGGCUCAAAACAUGUGAUAGUAAUGGAGUCAAAGAUGGACUAGCAGAGAAACAAAUAAAAGAUGACAAAGUAUGUAGUGAAGAGGAGAAUGCAAUUAGAAGGUCAAAAUCAUCGCCGUCUUCCUACAAUGCAUUUGCAUUCAUCUCCUCCAUGUGUUCGAGUUUUAAUCUAUCCGGUAUGUUUCAGACCAACCUUAAACUGGGCUCCGUGUUCACAUCAAAAUUUAGCGCAUCUACUAUUGUGAAUAAACUCCAAACUGUUGCUAAGAAAGUUAAUUUCAAGAUCUCGUACUCAAAGAAAAACGAUUACAAGCUAAAGAUGCAAGGGGUAUCAGAAGGACGUAAAGGAAAGGUAUCGGUGAUGGCCGAGGUUUUUGAAGUGGCACCAGAGGUAGCCGUUGUAGAAUUUUCAAAGGUGUCCGGGGACUCACUUGAAUACGAGAAGUUUGAAGAGGACAUUAGACCAGGGUUACAAGACAUUGUUUGGAGUUGGCAAGGUGAGAAUAGUAAUGGUUAACUAAUAACUACUGUCAAACAGUAGAUAACAUAUAUAUAGCAAGUUGUACGAUACUUUACUUACAUUGUACUAAAGUACUGCUAUGUAUUUUUGGACUUAUUAACAUAUGUAUGCUUGAAUUUAGGUGUGAAUUAUUGUAUAAAGUAACUUGAUGAUUUUGCAUAGUUUCA